AUGGCGGACGGCGGACUUAGUCGCGCGACUAGCAUGUUUGAGAGUGGAGUUGUAGGAGCGGGACCCGUCACCGGGACGAGCACACGGAUGGCGUUUCCUGAGCCGCAGAUGUACCGUUCGACCUCUAGCAGUGCGUCACUUACACCUCCCACGCAGACGAUGAGGCAUUCUCGCAGCAGAAGUGACCUGUCAGGCCAACGGGCAGGCGCACCUCAAUUGAGGAAGGAACCUUCAAUGGUGUCAAUCGCGUCGCACGCUUCGUCCUAUCACGCAGAUCACGACGAAGAUGAACAUUACUACACUGCUGCUGAGUCAUCUGCCACGGAUGGUGAAGCUGAAGACUUGUCUAAAGAGCUCUCCAAACUAUCGUUAGACUCUGAAGAAAACUUGCUCAAUUUCCAGAAAGGGAAGCUCCAGGAUAAGGACCAGGAAUGGCACAAACUGGUCCCAGAUGAAGCCAGAGAAGCAUUGGGAAAGGAAGAAGUCCAAAGGCAAUCCGUGAUUUUCGAGGUGAUCAAGAGCGAAGCUGACUAUGUCGCCGAUCUGGUGGCCGUACAAGCAAUAUUCAUCCAUGGAUUAAGAGCGGCCGAUCCGCCCAUAAUAGAGGGCGGGUCACUGGAAUCUUUUAUUUCAGAGGUGUUCUAUAAUGGCAACAACAUCAUCGAUCACCACCAACGUAUGCUAGCAGCUCUCUUCGCUCGUCAAAGAGACCAACACCCCCUCAUUCAAAGCAUAGCAGACGUGAUUCUCGAAGCAAUUUUGAACCCCGGCUUUCGGGACUCAUAUAUCACAUAUAUCAAACACUACCCUAUCGCUGAAUCCCGGCAUCGUCGAGAGCUCAAAAAGAACAAGUCAUACGCGACUUUUAUUCACGCCGUCACCUCCGCCACGUCUUCAUCCAUCUCCAGUCUCCAGAAACUUUCACCCACUCACCUAUCUCGCAUCCGUAAGCGCGAUCUCGUCACCUUCUUAUCCCGCCCAGUCACUCGCCUGCCCCGAUUAAACCUUCUCCUCGGCCAGAUAUUGAAGUUGACGGAGAAGGGCGAUUAUGAAGAUCACCCAGACCUGCAAACACUCCCAAUCAUCCUCGGGAUCAUAGGUGAUUGCGUGAAGGAGACUCAGCCGGGAAUAGAGGCUGCGGAGGCGAAGGUCAAGUUUUGGGCCUUGUGUGAGAACAUGGUCUUGCGACCCGGUGAAAUAUUAAACAUGGAUUUGUAUGAUGAUAACCGGACUCUCGUUUACGAGAGCAUGGUAGCUCGCCGAGGCCGCUCUGACGCGGGCUUUUCGACCUGGUUAGACCAAAACCUAGCUCUGCUAGAUAACUAUCUCUUGAUCAACCAAGAAGAAAAACGUGGCGGACCAACUUUUUCGACCCGACUGUUGACUCAGCCGUCCAAGCCUAUACAUCUUUCAUACCUGCGUCUCGCGUCUUUCUCGGGUCCACCAGAGACCCGCAGAGAAAAAGCUGAAGAUACGGGUGGUAUCCUCGAUAGCCUCAGACGCGUUGACGUCGCAUUAUACCCGUUUACUGUAUACCAUGCUUCUAGUCGAUCUACUCGCCGAUAUACCUUCUAUGUCACAAGCGAAGCUCUGCGGCAGAAGUGGCACAAUGCUUUGCUUGAUACCCUGGCUGUAAAUCGAGUGCGGGACGAGGCCUCCAUGUGGUUCCUCCAAAAGACAAUGAACGAUCGUUUCUUCCGAAGUUUCAUAACAAGUACCCCUGCAUCAUCCGAAAUAUCAGGAAGAAUAAUAUUCAGCGGCAGGAGAAAAUUCAUUGCCGUGGGAUGCAUCACAGGAAUUUAUCUGUCUCCGAAGGGAGACGAAGCGUUCCGCAAAGUACUCAGCUGCAACAACCCGAUUUCCAUGGCGGCAAUACAAUCGAUGGACGGGAAGGAUUUCAAUAAAUUCCUGGUUCAUUAUGACACAUCCUUGGUGUCGUAUUCGCUGGAUCUACUGGCCCGCUUUGCUCUGGGGGAAGCAUCUAAACAAGCGCUAGAUGCUUCCUUGGAGCGUAUAGCCGGCGGUGAUUCUGGUGCUGGCACGGGGAAUGUACUGUUCUUUAAACAUGCACAGGUUGAGCGCCGGAUGCUAGUGAUAUACGCUUCCAGAAAGACUUUGAGCCUCUCCGUUGGCCUCAACGUACUUGAAGCAAUGGACGUUGGCUCAACUGCCAUUGUACCUAAGCGCAGUGGCUCCUCGAUGUCCUUUCGGCCGUUGGGCGAGCCUGGCUCUAUACCCAAGGAUGCUCACGAUGUAACGGUGCUCGUCAAGACAAUCGGCGUUUGUACUACUGACUCCAUAGUGAUCGUGAAUCCUACGAACGUCGCCAAGUCAUAUGCCAGCCUUGUUCCAGACUUCUCAUCUUCAUCACAGAAUCCCCCUAUGGCUGAUCUGAAGGAACAUACUUUGGACGCGAAACCACUGGGAUUGGUAAGAAGCAACGAUCGGGAGUUGCUGGUGAUUUAUGAUACUUUGGGAUGCUACAUCUCGAAACACGGAGUCCCUCAAAGGAAGUCCGGGUACAUCAAGUGGGAAACGCAGGCUGCGUCAUAUGCCCACCGCGGACCCCAUAUCCUGCUCUUCUCAGCGUCGUUUAUCGAAGUCCGCGAAAUCGAGUCGGCGCGCCUUGUGCAAGUCAUCGAAGGGAAUGAUAUCCGCUUACUUUAUAGCGGCCCCUUGCAGGGCGAAUUCGAAGAUGUUACCUUGGUAGCGAUGAAGAACGGCAAGGAUGAUACAAAUUCUAAGGAGAAAGUCGUUGCGUUGGAGCCGACGGUGGCGAUCCAAAGUUCCGUCGCCACCCCCGCGUCCGCAUCCAGCCAACCCGGUAUGUGGGAUGAAUGGGAUAUGUAG